AUGACACAGAAACAAUGUCUGGUUUAUUGUGAAGCUAAAGAUGAUGCUACAGGACACUUUUACUGUGAACAGGACACGGGCAACAAACUAUGUUUAACAGGUAUCGUCUGUGAUGCUGAGUUGAACGAAUGUGCCAGCAAUCCUUGUCAAAAUGGCGGCCAAUGUACGGAUUCGGCUGGGGAUUUUCUGUGUACCUGUAAACCUGGUUUCACCGGAUUAAGAUGUGAAACUAACAUAGAUGAAUGUGAAAGUACACCCUGUUUACAUGGGUGCACAUUUGGCUUUACGGGUAAAACAUGCGAAAUAAACAUUGACGACUGUUCUCCUGAUCCAUGCUUAAACGGGGGUACGUGUGUCGAUAAAAUUGACGAUUUUGAAUGUCUCUGCGGAACGGGUUGGACUGGAACUACGUGCGCCAGUAACCCAUGUUUACAUGAAGGUAAAUGUAUAGAUAUAGGGACUAGUGAUUUUUUUUGUUCGUGUGAAGAGGGAUUUGAUGGGAAGUUUUGCGAAUUAAAUACUACAACACAAUAUGAUACAUCAUCCAGAACCACAACGCUAUCUAAUACAUCACCAUCUGAUACAACUUCAACUGAUACAACAUCACCAGCUGAUACAACAAUAUCAUCCGACACAACAUCUUCAACUGAUACAACAUCGCAACCUGAUACAACAACAUCAUCUGAUACAACAUCACCGUCUGGCACAACAUCUUCACCUGAUACAACAUCGCCACCUGAUACAACAUCAUCUGAUACAACAUCACCUCCUGAUACAAGAAACUCAUCUUACACAACAUCACCGCCUGAUAAAACAUCGCCACCUGAUACAACAACGUCACCUGAUCAAACAUUGCCAUUAGAUACAUCAAUAUUACAAGAUAAAGCAACAUCCACAUGCUGA